CUUCUCCGGCUGGAGUCGGGUUGCCUUGUUAGUCCCCAGCACAGACGGAGCCCGGCGCUCCUCUGCCCUGUCAGGAACGCCAGGUGUGAAAGAAAAUGUCGGUCAGCAUGCAUGAAAAUCGCAAGUCUAGGGCCAGUACUGGCUCCAUAAACAUAUACUUGUUCCACAAGUCAUCCUAUGCUGAUAGUGUCCUUACUCACCUAAACCUCCUGCGUCAGCAGCGUCUCUUUACAGAUGUACUUCUCCAUGCUGGAAACAGGUCAUUCCCCUGCCACAGAGCAGUUCUAGCUGCUUGUAGCCGCUAUUUUGAAGCAAUGUUCAGUGGAGGACUGAAAGAGAGCCAGGACAGUGAAGUCAACUUUCACAAUUCUAUUCACCCAGAAGUCCUGGAGCUUCUUCUGGACUAUGCAUAUUCCUCCAGAGUUAUUAUCAAUGAGGAAAAUGCAGAGUCGCUGCUGGAGGCUGGUGACAUGCUGGAGUUUCAGGACAUUCGAGAUGCUUGUGCAGAAUUUCUGGAGAAAAACCUUCAUCCCACCAACUGUCUUGGUAUGUUGCUGCUGUCGGAUGCUCACCAGUGUACCAAGCUGUAUGAGCUCUCUUGGAGGAUGUGCCUUAGCAACUUUCAGAGUAUCAGUAAAAGUGAAGACUUCCUCCAGCUGCCAAAAGACAUGGUAGUGCAACUCCUUUCCAGUGAAGAAUUAGAAACUGAAGAUGAAAGGCUGGUAUAUGAAUCAGCUAUCAACUGGGUCAACUAUGACCUGAAUAAGCGUCACUGUUACCUGCCAGAGCUCCUGCAGACAGUGAGACUGGCCCUUUUGCCAGCCAUAUACCUUAUGGAGAAUGUGGCCAUGGAAGAACUUAUCACCAAGCAAAGGAAAAGCAAGGAGAUUGUAGAAGAAUCAAUAAGAUGCAAGUUGAAGAUCUUACAGAAUGAUGGAGUGGUUACCAGCUUGUGUGCCAGACCCCGAAAAACUGGCCAUUCCCUUUUUCUUUUGGGUGGCCAAACCUUUAUGUGUGACAAGCUGUAUUUGGUGGAUCAAAAGGCAAAGGAGAUCAUUCCAAAGGCUGACAUUCCAAGCCCACGGAAAGAGUUCAGUGCUUGUGCCAUAGGCUGCAAAGUGUAUAUCACUGGGGGACGAGGAUCAGAAAAUGGAGUCUCCAAAGAUGUGUGGGUGUAUGACACCCUUCAUGAGGAGUGGUCGAAGGCUGCUCCCAUGCUGGUAGCUAGGUUUGGCCACGGCUCUGCUGAACUUAAGCACUGUUUGUAUGUAGUAGGAGGGCACACUGCAGCAACUGGCUGCCUUCCAGCUUCCCCUUCAGUAUCCUUAAAGCAAGUAGAACAGUAUGACCCCGUGACGAACAAGUGGACCAUGGUUGCCCCACUGCGAGAGGGAGUAAGCAAUGCAGCUGUAGUCAGUGCAAAGCUGAAGCUGUUUGCUUUUGGUGGUACCAGUGUUAGUCAUGACAAGCUGCCCAAAGUCCAGUGCUACGAUCAGUGUGAAAACAGAUGGACAGUACCAGCCACCUGCCCGCAGCCCUGGCGCUACACAGCUGCAGCUGUUCUGGGAAACCAGAUUUUUAUUAUGGGUGGAGAUACUGAAUUCUCUGCAUGCUCUGCUUAUAAGUUCAACAGUGAGGCAUACCAGUGGACUAAGGUGGGAGAUGUGACAGCAAAGCGAAUGAGCUGCCAUGCAGUGGCAUCUGGAAACAAAUUGUAUGUGGUUGGAGGCUACUUUGGCAUUCAGAGGUGCAAAACAUUGGACUGCUACGAUCCCACGCUGGAUGUAUGGAACAGCAUAACAACUGUGCCCUAUUCAUUAAUUCCCACGGCAUUUGUCAGCACAUGGAAGCACCUGCCCUCCUAAUUGUGUGCACAUUGGCAAUUGCAAGUUACCAGUUUACUCUUUUAUUUGGAGAAGAGAAUUGGAACCUCAGAUCUGGAGACAUUUUAAUGAAGAAAAAUUGUUAAACAUCUUUUGCAUUUGAAGAAGAUCAUCUGCACCUUGUAAAUUAUCCAACCUAGACAUGAAGGAAUGGGAGAAGAAACCAGUGUCUUCAGUGCUUCAACAUGUGGUUUAAAUAUGAAUGGACAAACCUGAGAUUUGGUCCUUGUGCUAGUAAUUGUGGAUUAAUGCCAAUGUUAAUCAGUCCUUCAAAGUCCACUGUUUUUAUGUGAAAUUUGAAAUGGUUGUCAUCUCUCUUUGUGGUGGUUUGAAGUGCCAGCACAAGCUGCAGGGGAAGCAGGCCAGAUCUGAAACAGCAAGAUGCUGCUGUGAAUGAAGAUACAGCAGCAUUGCUGCUGAACUCUGCUGACUGGAGUGUGCUUGCCUGUGGGCAGUGCCUUCAGCAUCUGUUACACCAUGUUGCAUUGUCCUGUGUGCAGUAAGUGACCUUCUGCUUCAUAAGGACCAGUCCAGUGGUGAAAUGUUUUUGCAACAAUGGGGAACAAACAUUACAUCCCCAAAAUGCUCAUUGUUCCUGUUCUUCCCUGUAUUUAUAUUUCAGUCUGUCCCUUUCCUAUUAUGUUACUUGUUGUAGAUAUAGUUAUUUAUUGUUCAGUGCUUGCAUGCUGAAACAAUGCUUGCAAUUGUCUUCAUGUUGCAAGGGCUUGUGUGAAUUGUAUGUUUUGCACAUAUUGUGAUUGCUGACUUGCUCUGCUGCACAAAGAAAGAAAACUAUUGGGUAACAGUUGGAGGUGGGAGGGAGGAGUGGCUUCCCAGUCGGAAAUGGAAGGAUUACAAGACAGGAUUUUAAAUUAUACAUGUACUAAAGGAAGAAGCCAUGGAGGUCACUUUCUCAGGCCACCAGCUCCCCAGGUUGCAUGUGGUGUGUCUUGUAGAUGGUGUCCUUGCAACAUUUCAUUUGUUGGUCAUGCCUUUCAAUUUCUAACCUGGAAAUAGCCAAAGUCUCUUGCAACACUUGCUUUGUGCAGCUUCCUGAUUGCAACGCAAAUACUGUGGAAGAGCUUCUGGAUACCAAGCCCAGAUGAAGUCAUUGUCCAAGCUUAUUUAUUUAUUUAUUGGGUUGGAGGAGGGUUACGUACAACAUAGCCACAUUGUCCUGAAGGAGUGGAGAACGGUGAUUCAAGAAUAAAAACAAAAAAAACCUCAACAUAGGUUAAUGAUGAAGUCUUAAGGAAAAAAAAAAAAAGGAAGAAAGAGCAGCAAUUUUGCACUGACUGCCUCAUUCAUCUGGAUCUCAGAUCAUCUGAGUGGCCAGAUGUCAAAGACCCAAGUGCUCUAGAAAAAUUCUUAUGGGGAUAGAAAAUGAAUUUCAAACCUCUUAUCUUGAAAAAAAAACAAAAACAAAAAAAAAGCCCUCAAACUCUGCUGCUUUUUAUUUUUGUUAUCCAGGUGUGUCUUUAAUCACUUGGUUGCUCAGAAGUCUCAGAUAAUCCUGAGAAACCAAACUUUGAUAUUUAAAUAAAAUUGUUACUUAUUAUUCUGGUCUUUGGACAUAGAUGAAGCUACUCUUUUUCUUAGGAAUUUCAGAAGCUUGUGUUUCACAGGUACUUUCUUUGCCGUAUCCUGUCAUGAAGCUGGUAUUGUAUUGUGUUUUUUCUUAAAUGUUUCUAGAGCCCAAUUUAACUGGCACAUUCAGUAACAUGGUUGGUGUGUGCUGUGGUAUAAGUAAACAGCUGCAUGUCUGCAUGCAAAACAAAAAUACAUGUGAUGCUUGCCUUUCUUUGUGACAGUGAUGUAGCUGUAUUUGUGAAAGCUUUGUCAUCUGAAAGUGUUUACACUGGUCACUGGAAGUUUCUCUGCGCUGCCUUACAUUUGAUUUGCUAUUUGGAGUAGACUCUUUACAUUUCAGAAAUAAAGUAUUUGGAGUUCUGUGAGUACUGAGAGAACAUUGAUUAAUCAGCAGUCAUUUGCAGUUUUUAAAAGGGUGAGUUCCAGCUAGAUGUGGUAAAAUUAUAGUUCCACUGAUGAAACUGAUUCCUUGAAGUGGUAGAGUAAAAAAGUAUUUAAACUCAAAGCUUCUCUAUCCUGGCCCCCUUUAGAUGACCUUUAGCGCUAGGAAAACAGAUUAGGAUAGGUCUCCUUUCUAUAUCCCUGUAGCUGCACAGGUUGCCAUGUUGAAGCAAACAGCCGUGAAUUUUUGUUGCCUUUCAUCUUGUGGAUCACGCUCAGGAGUGUGAAGGGAGCCAUAAAAUCAGACUUCCUGUGUUUUGCAUGUCCUCUCCCCAGGCACUAGCAAUUACAUAAGGUACAAGGAAGUAAAGAACUGGGUCUCCAGGGGCCCCUGUGUUUGAAUAAGGACAUGUAGCUUUGAGAUCUGUGUUCUCUGACAAGCUGAUCAGAGUCCAGAGGUGAAGCUGCCUUGCAUCUGACUAUUUAGCUUAUGAAAUGUUUUGUAGCACCAUGCAGCUGCCAAAAGUGGGAUGAAUUUUCUGCAGCUGUUUCCAAACUUGUGGUCUGCUUUCAAGUCCUCAAUUAAUUCCUGUGUGUAGGCUGAAGGAAACUGAAGUCAGGGUGGGCCUCUGGCUCUGCAGGGAAUACUCUUGCUCGAUGAAUUGUUGUGGGAAUCCUGGCUAGCUACUUGACCAUUUCAGUCCUGUGAAACACCCCAGACCUAGAAGCAAAUGCAGUUCACAGCAGAGUGCACACAAAAACCCUGGCAUAAGAUGGGAAGGUUCCUCUUUUUUUGCAGGCUGGUUACUGUAGAAACAUGUAACAAAGGACAGCCUUCCUCUUCUGGUAUAAUUGUGCAGCCCCUUUUCUAUAUGUCUGACACCUGUCUGAAUAAGAGUGAUUAGAACAGAAUAAUCCCAUUCUUGGCCAUUGAAGAUGUGGUUCAUGUGCUAAAAGAAAACUACAAGUAGUAGAAGUAAAACUGUCUAUGUUGUUUGCUACUAUGUCUUAAUAUUUUGUAAAACUCACUUUUUUCACAAUGUGAAACUGAAGGUCAAUAAAUUAUUAGAUAUUUCCUCUCCA